AUGACAACAGCGAACACAGUCCGGAAUGGUCAACAUGCCGUCAGGUCCCUCAGCAGAGUCUUGAUACAUCAAAGGCAUCGUCUUCCCAAAAUCGCUUAUCAGACACCUGCUUACCAUUUUUCUGCACAAGUUCAGGUGCCCAACAGACAUUUUGCUGCUGCUGCUAGGAAACUUGAAAAGAAAACCAAAAAGGGUGCCAAAGAAAAAGCAUCAAAUGAAAAACAAGAUGAGAUAGAAAAAAUAGUCAUACCCCUUGUGGAAGGCGAACCUGAGGAGGAUGUCCACCUAAAACGCUUAUACCCAAGGCAGAUACACGAGGUGGAGAAAGCUAUUCAUUUACUUAAGAAAUUUCAAAUUCUGGACUUUCCUAAUCCAAAGCAAGGUGUUUAUCUUGAUUUGACACUGGAUAUGGCACUGGAAAAGAAAAAAGUGAAGCCAUUUGCCAGUGUCCUUAGUUUGCCAUUCCCAUUCAUUUCAGAAAUCAAUAAAGUUGCCGUAUUUACAGGGAAUGCAUCAGAGAUUAAAAUAGCAGAAAACAAUGGAACUGCCUUUGCAGGAGGAACUAAUCUGAUUCAGAAGAUUUUGGAUGAUGAAAUUAAACCAGACUUUUACGUAGCUAUUCCAGAAAUGAUGCCCGAGCUUAAUCCAUUAAAGAAGAAACUGAAAAAAAGAUUUCCAAAGCUUACUCAAAAUUCUAUUGGCCGUGACAUCCCCAAAAUGCUUGAGUUAUUUAAAACUGGAAUUGAAAUUAAGGUAGAUGAAGAAAGGGGGAAGUUUCCCGAGACCAAAAUAGCAACACUGGAUAUGUCAAGUGACCAGAUAGCUGCCAAUCUGCAAGCUGUUAUCAAUGAAGUUUGUAGGCACAGGCCGCUGAAUUUGGGACCCUUUGUGGUACAAGCUUUCCUUUGUAGUUCAACAAGUGAAGGUUUGUUACUAAAGAUGGAGCCAUUGUUACCUAAAGAAGUGUAAACCAAAGAAAGUAACAGAGAAGCUUCCUAA